GUGUCGUAUCCAAGUUCAGCUGGUACGCAGUGGUGCAGUGCGCGCAGUGGUUGAAGGCAGAUGCGGGCUAAACUGAUGUUAAAUAAUGUUACCCGUGCCCCGACGUCGUGCCUUGCCGAGAGCAGAAGAAAGUGAAAUGAGAUUAUGAAUCGUGUAAACAUCGAACCCCGCGCCAACAAAACGUUGUAAGUGAAACGUUGAGUGAAAGAUACAAAACAAAAAAGAGUGAAGCGUAGUGAAAAAUACCAUUUGCAAAAGGCGCUCCUAACGGCUAGUUAACUGACCGCAGAUGUUGUUGGCACAGGAACGCAAAACUUCAAACAUAAACACACAAACGUAAGCGAGCACGUGUAGCCGACGAAAGAAGAAGUUCAAGACAAGGUACGAAGGAAAGAGAAGGUAGAGCCAUAGCAGGAUUGUAACGAAGGACCGCAGAACUUGUAGGAUAAUUUUAUGUGCAGAAGAACACAUUCGGAAAUGGAUUUGUUUCUGGUGAGCAGACUGAUCGUCGGCACGGUAUUGGCCGCUCUAGUGUUUGUUGGCAGUGUGGAAAAAGUAGAGGGAGGCGUGCAUUGGAACGAUACUGAAUUGAUCACUCGAAAUGGACGGUUUCUGUUCGAUACAUUGUUUGGAUUGAACACGGCCGCUUUUUCGCUUGAUGAUGAUGAUGACCUGAGCAACAAUCAGGUGAAAAGCUGCGAUUGUGAGUGCGGUGCGGCUAAUCAGGAAAUUCGAAUAGUUGGAGGGCGUCCGACUGGGGUAAAUCAAUACCCUUGGCUGGCACGACUAGUUUACGAUGGUCAGUUCCAUUGUGGAGCAUCACUUCUGACGAGGGAUUACGUGUUGACUGCGGCACAUUGCGUUCGGAGAUUGAAACGCAACAAGAUUCGUGUAAUCCUGGGCGAUUAUGAUCAAUUCGUAGCGUCCGAAACACCGGCGAUCAUGCGAGCGGUCACCGCUAUCAUACGCCAUCGGAGCUUCGAUCAAAACUCCUACAAUCACGAUAUUGCUCUGCUGAAGCUGCGCAAACCUGUUGACUUUACGAAAACCAUUCGACCGGUCUGUCUGCCCAAGGAACGCAGUGAGCCAGCCGGCCAGCUGGGUACGGUCGUCGGAUGGGGAAGGACCUCGGAAGGUGGUACACUUCCAGCAUUAGUGCAGCACGUGGACGUACCGAUCUUGACGCUCGAUCAAUGUCGUAGCAUGAAGUACCGUGCGUCUCGCAUAACUUCAAACAUGUUGUGCGCUGGUAAAGGCAAACAGGACUCUUGCCAGGGCGAUUCCGGUGGACCGUUGCUGGUGCGAAACGGUGAUAAGCACGAGAUUGUGGGGAUUGUGUCGUGGGGCGUCGGGUGUGGCCGGGCAGGCUAUCCCGGAGUUUACACCCGAGUGGCGCGUUAUCUUCCCUGGCUGCGCGCUAACCUCGACGACACCUGUCUCUGCUCGAAAUCUAAUCUGCGCAACACUGAGGUGUUGUUGAAGGUGCUGCCGAAACAUACACAUAAACAAACGUGUAAAAGAAUUCUCCUAAAAUUAGAACGAAUUGCUGUGCUGUGUGCUGCUGCCGAUAAAGCUAACCCGAAACCUUGCUACCACAGGAUGGAAGUAAGCAAUUUAGCACGGAAGCUCAUCAAUUUGCGCAUCAACGCGAUGCUGUGGGCGAUGUUGGUGGUGAUGCUGGGGCUUACGGUGGUGCAGGAAGCCUCCGGCAAACUACUGGCCCAGGGCAAAUAUGAAAUGCUAGCGACAUCAAACAAGAACACGGACGAACGCAGCAUAGUGGACAACAUGAAGAUGUUGUUCGGGGCUGGCAGUAAUCGGGCUCCGGCUCAUGACACACCGUCCAGUGCCUGCAGCUGUCGAUGUGGCGAACGGAACGAUGCCUCGAGGAUCGUCGGCGGCCAGGCGACGGGCGUGAACGAGUUUCCCUGGAUGGCGCGAUUAAGUUACUUCAAUCGAUUCUACUGCGGUGGCAUGCUCAUCAACGACCGAUACGUUCUAACGGCCGCGCACUGCGUUAAAGGCUUCAUGUGGUUCAUGAUCAAGGUGACGUUCGGUGAGCAUAACCGGUGCGACGACUCGGUACGGCCAGAAUCACGCUUCGUACUGCGAGCGAUCGCGCAAAAGUUUAGCUUCUUAAACUUCGACAACGACAUCGCGCUGCUGCGGCUGAACGAUCGCGUACCCAUAACGGACUUCAUUCGCCCGAUCUGCCUGCCAUCCGAUCCGAGUAACGCGUACGUCGGCACCAACGGAACCGCUACCGGUUGGGGCACACUGAAGGAGGACGGCAAACCGUCUUGCAUCCUGCAGGAAGUGGAGGUACCGGUCCUCUCGAACGAAGUCUGCAGUACGCAAACGAACUACACCGCAUCCAUGAUCACGGACAACAUGAUGUGCGCCGGCUACCUUGGAGUGGGCGAGAAAGACUCGUGUCAGGGAGAUUCGGGCGGUCCACUGAUAGCCGAACGCGAGGACAAACGCUACGAGCUGAUCGGUGUCGUUUCGUGGGGUAAUGGUUGCGCCCGGCCGUACUAUCCCGGUGUGUACACACGCGUGACACGCUACCUCGACUGGAUACGCGAAAACUCCAAGGACGGAUGCUUCUGCAGUGAGUGAGAUGAGACUAGACCGGGGGCCAGCAGAGUCGCACCAGGGCUCAUGUGAUGAUGGAUUCGCGUUGGUGGUUUGCGGUAGCAGAGAGGCAGCAAAUAGGAUCAAGCCCUUAGGAAGUGUAACGCGAUAAUUAACCGUAUCUAGCAUGUAGGACACAACUCGAACCACAACUCUGGCGCUGAACAAUGCACCCUGCAGUCGACCAUUCCAAAGCGUCGUUUCUUCACUCCUCUACUUCCACUUCGCUAUUCUGCCCGGUAGCAAAGACGCCUACACGCUGGACAGUAGAACGCCGCGACCCGUCCAGUGAAAUCCCUACCCCACUACCGACUACGAUGGCCGAUUUAGUUUCUCCACCGGCGAGCGUCACUGCCCGAUACCGUUAAACUGACCGUGGCCGGAAUUUUAAAACGGUAGACAUUAAUAAACCAAGUGAAGAUAAGCGGCGGAAAAAAGAGAUCGAAACUUAAAAACGUUACAAAAACAGACCCACGUCCACACCACAACGCGUACGUUCUCCUUUUGGCCCUGUGCUUUCGCGCGUACCAGAAGCCAGAAGGGAAGGGCAGCCUUUUUUUGCUGCAAUUCUUGUUGAACAGUUUCAGACGGGAAGCUCGCUCGUUUUCUCAUCACUCGCGAUCGUUCGAAGCUGGGUGACAAUUGUUAGCUCUUUAUCAAUGGGUUUACAACGGUUAACUAUAGACUGGAGUGCGAUGAUGCUUUGCCACGUUCCGUAAUGCGUUACAAAUUAAGCUCAACACGAUGUUCCGUUGUGUCACGCUAGAAACGAUCGGGAGGAAAUUCUACAGCUCUGAAGUUUUUCCGUCCGCAUUUUUUGUCAACCAGCCUUAAUCGUUUCGCUUCGGCCUCAAAAUUUCAUCAAUCGUUUCGCUUUGGUUCGGGCAGCGGAGUACAUCGGAGAAAAGCUGUUUUUAAAUACAGUGGAGCGCUACGUUAUUGGUGGCACAACAGAUCGUAUUAACUGUAAUAGGGUUAGGUUAAGAUUAUAAUUAUAACAUUACGCUAGGCAUUGUACAACCAUAUAGAACCUAGGUAAAGUAACGAGUCGAUCAACCAGGGCACCCAGGUGAAUCCACUAUCUGGAAGCUGUGUUGCGUGCAGAACACUGAAACACAACUUGAAGGGAAUAAACACAU